AUGAAACUUUCCACUGUGCUAGUUCUCUGCUGCAGUUUUUUCUCUAGCAGAGCCAGGCCUCUUGCAACCCAGGAUGCAGACUGUGAUGACCCUAAUGUCUUUGAAGCUGUGGACAUAGCACUGAGAAAAUAUAAUGGAGACAAAACAGAUGGCAACCAGUUUGCUCUGUACAUGGUGAUGGAAGCCAAGAGAACAGCAGGCCCUGGAAAACAGUUCUUUGUGAUGUACCGAAUAAGAGAGAGCUCUUGUGCUGUUGGGGGAGAUAAACUCUGGCAAGAUUGUGAUUACAGAGCAUCUGCAGAAGCUGAAUCAGGCGAAUGUACAGCUCAAGUUUAUGUUGACGAGACUGAGAAAAUCAGUAACGUUACACAAGAAUGCAGAAUUAUCCCAGUUGAAGGAAAGGUGAUUCUUUCCCAUGUCCCAUGUCUUGGAUGCUAUCAUCCCAUACCGGGGAACAGCCUACAAUUGUUACCCAUUUUGAGAUAUGCUAUUCGGAUCUUUAAUAAUCAGAGUGACCAAUCCUCCCUUUUUGAAGUUGGUAAAAUAAUAAAAGCCUCCAGGCAGGUGGUGGCUGGAUGGAAUUAUGCAGUUGAAUAUGAAGUCGAGGAGACUAAUUGCACCAAGAAUAAUUUUCAGGAUUUAAGUCCUGAGUGCAAACCCCUUGUUGGAGGUCAUGUAGGUACCUGUGAAGCCAAGGCCUACGUGGAUCUUAGUGACACACUUGUGGAUGUUGCACAGAAAUGCAAGUUUCCAGUUGAAUUGCCUCCCAUUUGUCUUGGCUGUCCAAAGGCCAUCCCAACUAACAGUAAAGAACUGGAGGAACCACUGAGGGCUUCCCUGGAGAAGUAUAAUGAAGAGAGCAAUGACGACUUCUAUUAUAAAGCUGAAGCAAUAUUAUAUGCCACAGUGCAGGUGGUUGCUGGACAAAAUUAUAAUAUAACAUUUAGAAUUAGGAAGACAAACUGCUCAAAGACAGAUGUCAAGAAACUGAAUGAAGAUUGUGCGGCUACAAUAGACGGUGAAUCUUUGCAAUGCACAUCACAAGUUUAUGUGAUACCCUGGACAAAGACAGUACGCCCUAAUGUUAGCUGCAGCAAAGAGCAGAAUCUAUUAAUGAGAAGGCCUCCAGGCUUUACUCCUUUCCGAUCUCUAUAUAAGGAAGCUGAAACCAUUCAACACCCCCCCCAAAUUGAAAAGGGACCUAGAGAAGGACCAGCCCCUGCCAGGGGGGCAGGAAAAGAUGUUAGGCAUGAACCAGCACAUGAACAGGGUCACAGACAUGAUAUUGGGUGUGGACCAGAACAUGAACAUAGACGUGGACAUGGACAUGAUGAUGAACAUAGGUGCAGACAUGAUACUGGGCAUGAACCAGAACAUGAAAAUAGAUGUGGACAUGGACAUGAGGGUGAACACAGGUGCAGACAUGAUAUUGGGUGUGGACCAGAACAUGAGGAUAAACAUGGAUGUGGGCACGGGCAUGGAAAACAUAAGGAUAAGCAAAAGAAGAUAAAGGACAAACAUUCAAAAGAUGAGUCUUCUGAAGAAUCCCAUGAGAAGGUCACUAACCAAAAGGAGACACUAGCAGUAGCUGAAAUACCAGAAGGUACACAAUCUCAUAAGCCUGAUCUGGUAGAGCUAGAUGUGCUAUCUAGUACUCAGCAGUCCGCAGUAGAUCCAACAGAUGGUUUUACUGAGAUCUCUGAUCUCCCUACAGAAAUCCCUGAUCUCCCUGCAGAACCAGACAGCCCUGGAAUUAUUCCCAAUAUUCCUUUAUUUGAUGGGUUGCCAGAUCUCCCAGAACCAUCUGUCCCAAAGUGUCCAGGAAAGCCAUGGAAACCAAUCAUAAACCUCUCAACUACUACUAACAAACCUAAGGUACUGACAAAUGAGGAUCUUUUACCACAUCCGUCUGAAGACACCACCGCAGUACCAGAAAAAAAAGCAUCUACCCCCCAGAGCUCAGGUGAUUUUGACCUCUUGGAUAUUCUACUGUAA